AAACACCCACGCACAUCCACCCCCUCUCCCUCUCCCUCUCCGUGGCACCCAAACCCUCGCCGCCGCCUCCGAGACAGCCGCCGCAAUGGUCACUACCCCGACCGCCGUCACUGCGGCCGCGCUCACCGGCGCCACCACCGCUGCGCCCAACGGGAGGCACCGCACUCUCCUGCGCCACCUCCCCACCACCCGCUGCCCCCACACCGCCGCUUCCAUCAGGUGCUCCGCGGUGUCCCACGCCGCGCCGACGCCGUCCCCAGUCCCGGCGCCUCCCGCCACCCCGCUCCGGCCGUGGGGCCCCACUGACCCCCGCAAGGGUGCCGACAUCCUCGUUGAGGCUCUCGAGCGCUGCGGCGUCAGCGACGUCUUCGCCUACCCCGGCGGCGCGUCCAUGGAGAUCCACCAGGCUCUGACGCGCUCGCCCGUCAUCACCAACCACCUCUUCCGCCACGAGCAGGGCGAGUCGUUCGCGGCCUCCGGCUACGCUCGCGCGUCCGGACGCGUCGGGGUCUGCGUCGCCACCUCGGGACCCGGCGCCACCAACCUCGUCUCCGCGCUCGCCGACGCGCUGCUCGACUCCGUCCCCAUGGUCGCCAUCACGGGCCAGGUCCCUCGCCGCAUGAUCGGAACCGACGCCUUCCAGGAGACGCCCAUCGUGGAGGUCACCCGCUCCAUCACCAAGCACAACUACCUGGUCCUUGAUGUCGAUGACAUCCCCCGCGUCGUGCAGGAAGCCUUCUUCCUCGCGUCUUCUGGUCGCCCGGGGCCGGUGCUCGUUGACAUCCCCAAGGACAUCCAGCAGCAGAUGGCUGUGCCGACCUGGGAUACGCCCAUGAGUUUGCCUGGAUACAUUGCACGUCUGCCCAAGCCUCCUGCGACUGAAUUGCUUGAGCAGGUGCUGCGUCUUGUUGGUGAGGCACGGCACCCUGUUCUUUAUGUUGGUGGUGGCUGCGCUGCAUCGGGUGAGGAGUUGCGCCGCUUUGUGGAGCUCACUGGGAUACCAGUCACAACUACUCUGAUGGGCCUAGGCAAUUUCCCCAGCGAUGACCCACUGUCCCUGCGCAUGCUUGGGAUGCAUGGCACCGUAUAUGCAAAUUAUGCGGUGGACAAGGCCGACUUGUUGCUUGCAUUUGGUGUACGGUUUGAUGAUCGCGUGACAGGGAAAAUUGAUGCUUUUGCAAGCAGGGCUAAGAUUGUGCACAUUGACAUUGAUCCAGCUGAGAUUGGCAAGAACAAGCAACCACAUGUAUCCAUUUGUGCAGAUGUUAAGCUUGCUCUGCAGGGCUUGAAUGCUCUCCUGGAAGGAACGAUACCACAGAAGGCCUUUGAUUUUGGUACAUGGCACGAUGAGUUGGAUCAGCAGAAGAGGGAAUUCCCAUUGGGAUAUAAAACUAUCAAUGAGGAGAUCCCACCACAGUAUGCUAUCCAGGUUCUAGAUGAGCUGACGAAAGGGGAAGCAAUCAUUGCCACUGGUGUUGGGCAGCACCAGAUGUGGGCGGCACAGUGCUACACCUACAAGCGGCCACGUCAGUGGCUAUCUUCGUCUGGUCUGGGGGCUAUGGGAUUUGGGUUGCCGGCUGCUGCUGGUGCUGCAGUGGCCAACCCAGGUGUCACAGUUGUUGACAUUGAUGGGGAUGGUAGCUUCCUCAUGAACAUUCAGGAGCUGGCGAUGAUCCGCAUUGAGAACCUCCCAGUGAAGGUGUUGGUGCUGAACAACCAACAUCUGGGGAUGGUGGUACAGUGGGAGGACAGGUUCUACAAGGCCAAUCGGGCGCACACAUACUUGGGAAACCCAGAAAAUGAGAGUGAAAUCUAUCCAGAUUUCGUGAUGAUUGCUAAAGGUUUCAACAUUCCAGCAGUCCGUGUGAUGAAGAAGAGUGAAGUACGUACAGCAAUCAAGAAGAUGCUUGAGACUCCAGGGCCAUACUUGUUGGAUGUCAUCGUCCCUCACCAGGAGCAUGUGUUGCCUAUGAUCCCAAGCGGUGGCGCUUUCAAGGACAUGAUCUUGGACGGUGAUGGCAGGACCGUGUAUUGAUCUAAACUUCGGCCAGCUGCAUCCCUGCCUUUGUUUGACAUGCAUAUGGGCUGCAAGAGUGAUGUGCCCGGUCAAUCUGAUGUUCAAUGAAAGUAGACAAACUUCGAACCAUCCAUGUUGAACCAUGUCGUUUGGUAAUUUGCGUGUUUUGUGUACUCUGGUAUGGCACUCCUUCUGUAGUCUCUGUUGUUUUUCUGUAGGCAUAUGCAUCAUAAGAGCAUGCAAGUGCCUUGUCCUACAUAUCAGUAAUAAUAAGCGCUUCCAUGCAGUGAUUAUGAAUUCAA